AUGGAUUCCACCAUAUCACAAGACCAGUCCAUCGUCCUCCCAGAUGGCCGGACUCUCUGCUACACAACAUUUGGCACCUCCAUCGCGCCGGAGCAACCGACCGUCUUCUACUUCCACGGCUUCCCCGGCACCCACAGCGAGGCGCUACCCAUCCACGAAGCCGCCUCCAAGCGCGGCAUCGCCGUGGUCGGGGUCACCCGACCCGGCUUCGGCGGGUCGACUCCGCAGCCGGACCGCGACCUGCUCUCCUUCCCGCCCGACGUGCUCCGCCUAGCCGACCACCUCGGGGUGGCGCGCUUCGCCGCCAUGGGCGUCUCCGGCGGCGGGCCCUACGUGCUGGCCUGCCUGCACGCCGUGCCGCCCGCGCGCCUGCUCGGCGGCGUCGUCGUGUCGGGCAUCUACCCCGUCGCCCUCGGCAUGGCCGGCAUGCAGCUGCCCAUACGCAUCCUCUACAACGUCGCGCCCUUGGCCCCGGGUCUGGUUACCUGGCUGAUCGACUGGUACGCGGCCCGCGCGGCGCAGGAUACCGAGCAGCCGGGGAGGUACGAGCGCAUCAUGGCGGAUAACUUCAAGGGGUGGCCCGCCGAGGACCGAGAGGUCGUGUUCGCCGACAAUGGCAGGCUCUUGGACGUUCUGACGCGCAGCUCGGCCGAGGCGCUCAGGCAGGGCGCGGAAGGGUUUGCUUGUGAGGCUAAGCUGUUCGGGACUCCGUGGGGUUUCGAGCUCGAAGAUCUACGGGUGGACGCGGGGAAGCUGGUGUUGUGGCACGGCUCCAAGGAUGCUAAUGUUCCAGUCGAUAUGGCGGAGAAGGCUAGUGGGUUGAUUCCCAAUGCUGAAUUCCGUAGGUACGAGGAUGAGGCUCAUCUCAGCAUAGCCGUCAGAUACUUGGAUGAUAUUUUGGAUACGCUAGCCGGUAUGGCCGAGGUUUAG